GGCCUCUGCACCCCCGGCCGGGCCUCUUCAGGAGGCCGUCGCCCUGGGCUUUUGCUCGCGCGCGCCGCCUGGGCCGAGAGGCCGCCGCGGGGUCCCGGGAGGGGCCGGCCUGGAGCUCCCCGUCCGCCUCUUGUCGCCGACGCAGUGACCGGGAGCUGACCUCCGGGACGCGCCGGCGGCGAUGGGCGGCGAGGACCUCGAAGCCGAAAUCCACCCGCUGAAGAACGACGGCGGGAAGUGGCGGGGCGGCCCGGGGGCCCGGGCGGGGAAGGGCGGCGGCCCGCGGAGCCCGGCCCCGCAGCCGCGCCUCUCCCGCUGCCGCACCGCGGCGUUUUUCCUCUCGCUGUUCGCCUGCCUCCUCGUGGUGUUCGUGGUCUCGUUCGCCGUCCCGUGUCCGGACCGGCCGGCGCCGCAGGGCGCGUGGAGCGUCAGCUACGACUCGGCGGGAUUCCUGCGGAUGGCUGCUUAUUGUUCGUCGUUCGCCAACCCAUUUCUAGCAGUAGAAUUGUUGAACCUCGUGGAACGCCCAUGUCUGACUUUCUAAGAAACGGCCAAGCUGUUUUCCACGGCAGUUGCACCAUUUCACGUUCCCAGUCUAGCGCAGGACUCCAGCGUCUCCACACGCUCGCUGACCCUUGAUAUUGUCUGUCUUCCUGAGGACAGUCAUGCUGGCGGGCAUAAAGCCACAUGUCAUUGUGGUUUGGAUUUGAAUUCCCUAAUGACUCAUGAUACUGAGCAUCUCCACACAUCGUAUUUGGUGAAUGUCUACUCAAAUUCUUUGCUCCUUUAAAAACUAUUAUUGUUUUAUUACUGAGUUACAGAAGUUCUUUAUAGAUUCUAGACACAAGUCUUUUAUCAGAUAGAUGAUUUGCAAAUAUUUGUGACCAGUCUGAGACUUGUCUUUUAAUUUUCAUAAGGGUAUCUUCUGAAGCACAAACGUUAUAAACUUUGAUGAAGUCAAAUUUAUCAGUUUUUUUAUUAUGGAUUGUGCUUUUGGUAUCUAAGAACUCUGCCUAAUUUGAGGUAAUGAAUAUUUCCUAAAUUUUCUUAUAAAUUGUAUACAUUUAGAUCUUUGACUUAGGUUUAUGGUCUAUUUUGAGGUGUGUGGUGGAAGCAAAUGCUAGGAUUUCUGGAAACCAUCACCUUCUCAGCAGGACAGUCUCAGGGCAAAGGGGCAAGCUUGGCUCCUGGCACUGCAGGGCUACCGAGUCUAGGGGAGAGUCACUCAACAUCAGCGUCCAGGUGCGCCAACACCACUGGUUGAGAACAUGAUCCUUUUCCCAGCAAACUGCAUUGGCACCC